AUGGGUGAAUCGGAAGAGGUUCUCCCCAAAGCUACACCGCGCCAGGCGAUGAGAUACUUCCACGUGGCUGGACACCUGCAUUUGGGCUUGAGCUUGGUCCUGGGAAAGGUCUAUUCAGAGUCCGACCUUCAAAGGCGAUGCAGAGGAGAUCAUCAAAAGCUCCAAAGGCUACAAGACAUCAUCUCGGAGGGGGACUUGCUCACUCCGGCAGCGCCGCCGACACCCAAGGCCUCAGGAAAGCGAAAGACGGAGCCCCCUGGCAUUCGGCCCGCAAGAUCGGGUUGCGGAUCGCGCUUCAGUUGA